AGAAUGAAGAACUUGUGUUUUUUCUAAGCUUGAAAAGGGUAACUUGAACUGCAAGUGAUGGAAAGUUGAUAAAAUGGUGUUUCGCUGGUGGAAUGCUUUUGGGGUCUUUGCUGUCGUUUUAUCUGUGUUUAUUAUGGUGACUCCUUUACGACCAAAACCUUUUGCCCCAGAUGUGUUAAGAAAACAAGGCGUCUACAUCGAGAAAUGGGAAGGGAUCGACUCGUAUUCUAUCGAGAAUCUCAAAAACAACGCACGCUAUCCCAACCUUCCAACAUGGCGCGGCUAUGGGACGCAGUUCACUCAGCCAAAUAACUGGGGCGAGAACUUUGGCACGAGAAUACGAGCUUAUUUUGUACCAAAAGAAUCGGGGGCUCAUGUGUUUUUUAUUUCAAGUGAUAACAGCGGUCAACUCUUCCUAAGUAAUGAUGAAUUCCCAAGCCAUAAAAGUCUGAUAGCAACUGUUCGUGAGGAACGAUUCACCAAACCAAGACAAUACGACAAAUAUAUUGAACAGCGGUCAUGGCCAGUUCAGUUACAUAAAGGUCAUUACUACUAUAUCGAAACACUGAUGAAAGAGUUUUACGACAAGGACCAUCUUUCUGUAGCGGUGCAAACACCAAAGAAAUUCGUCGCACCAAUCACAGCAGAUUAUCUUUGGACAGCUUUGCCUGAAGGCUAUACCAAAAACAACAAAUCGGCGACGACCAAAGGACCACCCAACUUGGACAUCAUCAAGAUAGCAGCUAAAGCAGGAGCUAAAGCUGGAGCAUCUUCUGGCCUAAUGGCUGCCGCAAAGUCAGCAGCAAGAGCAGGAGCAGAAGCAGGCAAGAUGGCUGGAGAGGAAGCAGGUGCUAAGGCAGGAGAAGCUGCCGCUGCUGCUGCGGCUCAGGUUGUUUUUGCCAAAACUUUCAAAACCAUUUUUAGCGCCUAUAAACAAGGUAACCUUAAUUUCAUGGUUCGUUUAUUUGGACCUCGUGGAGAGAAAAUAAUAAGAAAGUACUGGAAUAUCAGCAGCGCAGAUAAUAAUACUACUGACCAGGAAAGGAGUGCCUCGAACCACGUAAUCAACAUUCAUCUUUAUGGAAACAAUGGACGGAAUGUUUUACAAAACAACUCCCCUCAAGGAUCGUCUUCAUCCUUGGAAAACAGUUACUUGCCUAAUUCUAAUGCCGGCAUCAAUGGUAAUGGCGUCUAUGGAAAUACGAAUGGUCCAAGUAAACAAAUACAAAGACAAAAUCCGUAUGUAGAACUUCCUACUGAAGGUGUUUUUGGAAGUUCAGGGAAACUGAUGCAUAAUCAGAAAUACGUACCAAUCGACACGGGGAGUCAUCCUCAUCAGAGCGCAAAGGGGCAGAAAAAUUCUGAUGAUCCUCUAGCAUAUCCCCAGAACGAUGAAGCCAAAAAUCCUUUACAGUUUACAGCUAUUUCAUCAGAUUCUUCCAGUAUCGCUUCUCUUACACCAGAUUCUCGAAGUAGCACUCCCUCGGAAACUAGCGAUUUCUCUUCUCCACACUUCGAAACCAUCGAACAAAAUGACCUUAAAUCUUCUCCGAAAUCGUUGUAUAAAAUCUUACAAAACGAUGACGAUGGAACUAGAACAACGCCUGUCUUCACGACUAUAGUUUCCGAGGGCACUAAAAAUAACAGUAUCCAGAACCCAGCUAGCGGUACUACUGAUAUAGGAACACAAUCCACUAGGGAGAAUGAGAUAUUUGUAUAUUACCCAAAGCCUGAUGAAGAUCCGGAUGACAUGGCGAGAAGGUUGGUCUACGAAGGAGGACCAGCUAGCAAAAUUGUUUUUAACGCUCAGUACAGCAUCCAUUCUCUGGACAUUCCCGCCAUCCAGAUUAACAUCACGAAGAACCUUUGCAUUAAUUCGUUUAGUGGCAAAAUUAUACUCAAAGGACAAUGUCAGUAUUUUGUAGUACGUGAGGGUCUGCUACCGAAAACGGGUACAGAUGAUAUAUCUCUUGAAUCAUCUUGUAUACCUGGGCAUUACUUGGUGCAACGAAAUUAUAAAUUCUACGUAGCAGAACGUGAUGGAACUUUACAUUUUGCUCGAGAGGCAACGUUUGGUUUGUAUAAGACAAUGGCCUUUCCAUUUUCUCUGCAAAUGAUGAGCUUCUCUCACUAUAUGUGGUUUAUGUGUGAGAGUAAACAAAAAGACCCACACAAGACAGAGAUUGAGCUUGAGUAUGUUAAUUCAAGGAAAAGUGCUAUCAACCGCUGUUCCUUUACGUUCUUGCCGCUGCCGUAUGGGGACGAUCCCAAGAAGAACUGUAAAGGUGUACUUAGUUUUGAGGUCCCGAAAAUACCUGGCCAACAGAAAAUGCCGUGGCAUCAUUUAGAUAUUCCAACGCCAGCGACAAACGAGACUAGUAGAGGUAUGUGCAUGCCGUAG